UUAACCUUUUAACUUUCUAGCAGUGAACCCGCAUCAUUGCCAAACCAGCAACCGAAGAAGAGAAGACGGAAAGACAUGGCAAAGGGUCCUGGUGACAAUGUAGAUGGACCUAAUCCUAGUGAACAUGUGAAGAUAGGGAAUAAGGGUAAAAAAGCAGCAUCAAUGAUGGAAAGGAACUCAACUAGUGAGUCGCACAAAGUACCAGUACCAAAUGUACGAAGUGAAGAUGUUCAAUUUCAGGACCUGACAAAUGCUGCUGAAGUUUCAAUAAAGAAGAAAACUGCAGAUACUAAAACUGCAUCUGGUCCUUCAGAACUGUCAAAUGGUGAUGGUAUCAGUCAGGAAAAGUAUAUUGAUCAGCAGAGAACUGGAGUUGUCUCAUCAAAGAACCAUGGUAACAAAUCAAAGGAGGGUUAUGAACUUCUAGAUACUUCAACUCAGAUGUCAAAUGAUAAAAGUCUGUAUUCUAGCAAAACUCUAUCUGGAAUGCCAGUGAACAGCAGUGAUGAGGUAAGUCAAUCCAUUCAAAGGAAAGAAAAAGGUGGAGUUCUUGAAAAUCCUGACCUUAAUGGCCCUGCAAGUGGGAGUUCCUUGCAAACGGUGAAGGCUCCAGUUCCUCAGAGGAAAGAAGGAUCUACUGUUAGACCAAAAAGCACAAUGCUGGACAAGGCUAUCAGGGAGUUAGAGAAGACAGUUGCUGAAUCUAGACCACCAUCUUUGGAAGUUCAGGAUGCUGAUAAUCCAUCUCAGGCAGUAAAGAGGAGAUUAACACCUGAAAUAAAACAGAAGCUGGCUAAAGUUGCUAGAUUAGCGCAGGCAAGCCAUGGAAAAAUAUCAAAGGAUGUGACUAACCGUUUAAUGAGCAUUGUUGGACACUUGAUGCAACUUAGGACAUUAAAGGUAUCUUUUUCUUUUAGACGAAGAACCAUCAUAUGAAUAAUUACUGUGUUUUGUUU